GAUUAUUGCAUGUAUAUAGCGACGAUAUAUAUGUGGCUCCUUGUACUACUUCAGAAUACAGCUAACCCACUGAUAUACCAUGCCGCAGCUUAAACCUGGAUAUCCCACACAGUAUAUCGACUCCGAACCGACCAGUCCUUGUUUUAUCCCCUAAAUGACGAGCCCCUAGGCAAGUAAACAAUUAUAAGAAACACCCUUUAACGUAUUGUGGUACGACGCGACCCCGACCUCCAGGCAGACGCUCUAUUUACUAUAACACGGACGCGGUAUAUGAAGCCAAGAGGUAGUCAACAGUAACAAGCAUAUUGCUAUCGAUAUACAUAGAGACAUGUCUCACUUGUGUAAGUGUGUUGGCAAUGCUGGCAUUAUCUGUGAUACAUUUCUAUUUUUAGACACACCCAUCCUUUUUCAAUGUCUAUGUUUAAUGCCACGUGGGCGAGGAAAUAUAUACAUUGUGCGGAUUUGAACGAUAUCCGGAUAUUGUGUCAUUGUAAGAUACGAGUCCCUUUCGGAUAAAAUGUUGAGAAAGUGUGCCGCCCUCUUGGUUUUUAUUGCCGUACACGUCACUGCUGCUCUAGAUCAAAACAUGUUUCCGUGUCACCGUGACCUCUGCCGGCGUGGGGAACAGUACUGCGUGGACGAUACUCAGAAAUGUUAUCACUGCGCAGAUGUGGUACACCUGUGUAAUACCACAGAACUCUCGCGAGACUGCGAUGGCUACUGUUAUCGGGUUCAGUUACAGACUGUGACGAAACUGGAAGCUGACACAAGCCGGCAUCUGGCUGAAAUGUCUACAGAUUUGGCCAAAGAACAACGAAGACACGUCAACAUGACGCAAACAGUCCAACAGCUGACGCGUGACGUCAGCACACUUACAACAAUAAAUAUCAACUUUACAGCUAUAGUCAACAAAUCUAAAACACUGGAAUCUAAAUAUGAAGAUACCAUUCAACAAAAGCGGCAGCUUGAGACUAUCGUAUUUAGUGCAUGCGCUGCGUGUGGUGUCCUAGUGUUGGUGGUCAUCACAUUAUCUGGGAUUAUUUGUGUUACACGCGCACAGAUACAUCGUUGUUCACAAAGCACUACAUCCGGUCAUCUCGGAUCACAUGAAGAUGAAGGUCACGAUGACCUUCCUCUCCUAGGUACAGACUCCCAAAGGACACAUCAGCAUAAAACACAAUGUCCGACCAAAGUUCCUUGCUUCACAAUAAACGGCGAUGUCACCGUUUCAAGACUGGAGGUUCAGUCCCCUAACAUUGAAAGCGUCAGCAACAACACUCCACCGUCUGUACUUCAGAAGCGGGUUGAUAACAAGGAUUGCACUGUGGACAUGAAUGUUGCGUCGAUUGGCGGAAGCUACACAGAUGUUGUUGAUAAGGGUAAACGAGAAAGAACUCCUUCAAUUCUGAAAAAUAUACAACCAACUGACGAAGGUUUAGAAGGUAUUAAACAUUAUACUCUUGAGAAUAACGGUACUUUCUUCACUGAUGUACCAGGGUGAGACGAAUGGCGCGCGUGUGUCUGUGAGUGUGCAGGG